UACGACCGUCACACAUUUUCGAUAUACAAGGUCUCGGGACAAGAAGUGAAAAUCGCGUUUAACAAACGGUGUUUUUGGGAAUAUCCGUUCAGUGUCACGAGGAAAUAUUCUGUGCGACUUUCUCACCGUAGCAUUAAUUUACCAAAAUCCUGGUGAAGAUUCGAUUUUUCUGAAGAGAAAAUGGGAAAAGAUCUUUACGCAGUCCUAGAAGUGCCCAAAUCUGCGUCUUUGGAAGAAAUCAAAAAAUCGUACAGACGACUCGCCUUGAAAUACCACCCAGACAAGAACAAGAGUCCCGAUGCGGCCGAGAAAUUCCGAGAGGUGUGCUCGGCUUACGAAGUUCUCUCAAACAAGGAGAAACGGGACACAUACGAUCGAUUCGGCGAGGAUGGUCUUCGACAGGGAGGAGUAGGCGGCAAUGGUGCUGGCGGCAGAAGCGGGACCUCGACGCGCUUCUAUACCUCCACCGAUCCCAUGUCCACAUUCACUCAAUUCUUCGGAACGGAUAACCCCUUCGAGAAUUUCUUCAAUCUCGGACGGGGUGGUGGUUUCUCCACUUUCGACGAUCAUAUGGACAUUGAGGGCGAUCUCUUCGGUGGUGGAAGGAAUAACGCGUUUAGGUCCCAAUCUUUCACCGCGGGCACACGGAGGCCGGCAAAACAAGAUCCCCCAGUGGAGUACGACCUAUCUGUCAGCCUGGAGGAUAUCCUCAAGGGUUGCACCAAGAAGAUGAAGAUUUCCAGGAAGGUUCUCAUGCCUGAUGGACGCGCGACAAAACGCGAGGAGAAGGUUCUUACAAUUAACGUAAAACCGGGUUGGAAGGCUGGGACGAAAAUCACCUUCCAGAAAGAGGGAGAUCAAGCACCUGGAACUACUCCCGCCGAUAUCGUGUUUAUAAUCAAGGACAAACCCCACGACGUCUUCAAACGCGAUGGAACAGACAUCAAAUACACGGCCACCGUGACGUUGAGAGAAGCUCUCACCGGAUGCAGGAUCGACGUGCCGACGUUGCAGGGAGGUACCGUCAAGCUCAACUACAACGAGGUGAUCAAACCGACCACGAUAAAGAAGCUCUAUGGACAGGGUCUCCCGUAUCCGAAGGACCCCUCGAAACGAGGAGAUCUGGUCAUAUCCUUCGACAUCAAAUUCCCUGAUUCCAUCAACGAAUCGACGAGGGAAAUCCUCUUCGAUGCUCUCCCCGCCAAGUGAAAAUAUCUCAUAUUGCUUUUCCUUGCUGAGAGCUGUGAAGAGUCAGUUUCGAUGUCAUAAAGCUUGCGUCCGCGGUUUGAGCCCCGACUACGUUCAAGCAGAGUCGACUGUUGUCCUUAUCGUCUAGCUGAGCGGGUGAUCUUUUUUGACAUGAUUUUCGCAAUUCUCGCUGAUGCAAAUGGAAUGUUUCAACUGGGAUGCAUAGAUUCACCUAGAUCCUAUUCUAGGCGCGCACAAGUUAGACGCGCGCGCUCAUUGACUAUAUUGUAAAUAUGUAAGAUGUAAAAUAGAGAAGUGAUGGUACUUCUUUCUCUGUUUUCGUGGGAGUCCAAACACUGUCAUCGGUUAUAGUGUGUCUGAGUGAAGAACGAUAUAGGCUCACUCAAUAAUAAAGUGUUGGAGACCAAAUCGAUGGAACUUGGGAAGAGACG